CGCCGAGGCAUUUCUUCGCAGCCCCGACCAGUUUUGGACGUUGCGUUGCGUCCAAUCCAUUGUGUGCAUCAAAACAGGUCGGUAGUUAGUAGCUGAUCCCGGGGUCAAGAUGCUUAAUACGUUUUCCGUGCUUUCGCCACACCUUAAGUUUAAGUACAAGUUCGUUACGAUCGAUAAUUUAGCGUUUAAGUUUCAUUAUCGGGCCACGUUUAUUAUGCUGCUAGUGUGCACACUGCUAGUGACAUCCAGACAGUACAUUGGGGAGCACAUCCGCUGUAUUACGGGUGGUUCUAUACCGGAGCAUGUCAUCAACACAUUCUGCUUCUUCACCACCACCUUCACCGUCAUACGACACUACAACGAAUCGUUGAUACAGGAAGGAGUACUUCCGCACCCAGGCGUUGGUCCGAUGUACACCGAAGAUCCGGUUAAGCACCAUGCCUACUACCAGUGGGUUCCCUUCAUUCUCUUCCUGCAGGCACUGACGUUCUAUGCUCCACAUCUACUCUGGCGUUUGAACGAAGGUGGUCGGUUGAAGAAUCUCGUCGAUGGCUUACACAUGGCACACCUCAGCGAACACUACACGGCCAAAGCGAACAUCGCGAUCGGGCCAAAGUAUACGCUCCUGUCACGGGAUACCGUGGAUGCUAAGCUGCGCACGGUCAAGCGCGAAUUCUCCAACCACUUUAUGGUCCAGCGACAUUGGGCCACGCGUCACAUCUUGUGCGAGGUGCUGAAUCUGCUCAACUGCAUACUGCAGAUCGUGUUUACCAACAUCUUUCUUGGGCGCAAAUUUUGGAACCUUGGGCCAGCUUUUAUCGAGGAAGAUUUUACCGGCAAAAUGGAUGUGCUCGAUACGGUCUUUCCGAAGGUGACCAAGUGUCACUUCUACAAGUACGGACCGACUGGAUCGAUCCAGAAACAUGACGCCCUGUGCAUAAUGGCGCUGAACGUUAUUAAUGAGAAAAUUUUCACCUUUCUCUGGUUUUGGUACGUUGUGCUGUUUUGUGUCUCGGUGUUGGCGAUAUUAUGGCGAAUACUAACAUUAGUCCUUCACAACAGAUCGUACAAAUUCACCGCACUGAUCCUCUCGUUUGCCAGUCCAGGAAGGUUAAAUCCACAGGAUGUGGAGAUCAUUACUAAGCGGUUGCGAUUUACCGAGUGGCUGUUUCUGUACUAUCUGGCCAAAAACAUGGAUGCACAUCUGUUUCGCAAGGUGUUGCGCCAGAUAACGGACGAGCUAAGACACCCGAACGAGGACGAUCAAGACGAUCAGGGCAUCGAUAUGGUCGAUGGUGAACAUGACGUCGACGAUAGUGAUAUAGCGAUGGUUAAGCUGCGAUACGAAGAUGACCACAAGAAGGCUUAAACUGUGGUGCAACUGCUGCACUCAUGUGACAAAAGUAUUAUACUUCUUAGUAUUAAGUCCAUAGUAUUUACAAUAUAAACCCAUAUGAAACUCUAGAAGGACUUAAGAUGUAUU